AUGGUUCCUAUUGCCACAUACGGUUAUCGUCUCUGGUUCUUUGAUGGUGCCUGCAACAAAGGCGCCAUCAGCCAGCUCAAAUGGAUGCAGCAAAAAGCUGCUCUAUGGAUUACAGGUGCCUUCCGCACCUCCCCCACAGGUGGUCUUGAGGCCCUAGCAGGUAUCAUCUCUGUCCAUCUCAUGCUGAAGAAGGGCUCGGGCUCUGCCUCACCAGCACCCCCUCCAACAUUGGCAGGCAGCUCAUCAUCCCUGGGCGGUGGCGCCUCGCCAAUCUCACCAGACCCUACCUUGACUAGGGCCACAUACUCAAUGAUCGUCCUGGCUCAAUCCUGCCACAUGUUGCCCCACCGCAGGUCCCGUUCCACCACAGGUUCCAUCCAUUCAUCCAAAUAUGAGUCUGACUCAGGGACAGCUCAACCACACCAGGAGAUGGAGGUGGAGGGCAUUCAGAAAGGCGAGGAGGUCACGAGGGACCCCUCCGUCGACCAACUCUUGGGUCAAUACCCCUUGAAGUUCUGA